AGCCUGUCAAAUUGUGAAAGUGAGCCGGCGCUUACGAUCAGCGGUGCAGUCGUGUCGACCAUGGGAGAGCUGUUCCGAUAACGUGUAUUUAGGCUCGGUGGUGCCUCUUCCGCCCUGCCGAUGUUUCAAGUACCUGUGAUGAUGUGGAUAGUGGCGUGUGGAUGGGAUAAUACCAGCUUGGAGUAAUGAAUGUGUUGUGGCAACAACAAGAAGAGAAUUGGUGAUGGUGACUGCGGAAGAAUACCACGUGCCACCAACAAGGAAGCGGCGUGCAGAGCGCGCAGAACAUGAGAGCGAGUGAAAGUCUCGAACGGCAGCUAGCUGAAGGGCGUUUCAAGGCUCGAUGACCGGUGGCCGGAUGUACUGCUACCGUGCGGACCUGGUCGAGAUCCCGCUCCUGGCUGAGCUCUCCUGUGCACCAGCGGCCUGCUCUUACAGCGGCGUGUUGCAAUGCUUCCUGCGGCCACCUGAACUUGAGCUGCCUGUCUGCCGACCGAGCCCGACGUUCUAGCGGCAGAGGCGUUACAGGCCAGGCGUUACGGGCCAGCUACAGCAGUGGCACGGUGUUCUGCUGGCCUGCUGUUCUCCUGCUACCACGUCGCGACAAGCUGCUGCGUGAUGAUGAUGGCGUAAGACAUGGCCGUUGCAAGCGACACACCAGCUGUCUUCAAGUGUCAAACGACGCAGCGACGCACAACGCAACGACAACCGUCAUGGUCACCGCAACGACGACGCAAACCGGUAACAAUGCGCUACAUGCUCUGACAUCGAAUGCAGAAUGCAUGAAGCUGAAGAUUGUCUUGAAAAACCACACAGGUGAAAGCGUCUCUGUGGACUACGAGAAAAUCAAGGUCGCGUCGGAGAAAGAGCACUUUAAGCUUUCCCUAGGACGAUUUUUGGGUCCGAAGGGUUGGGAUUCGCUCAUCCCAUGCAACAACAGCAAAUUUACCACUUUGGACAAGGACCACGACAGGCAGACAUACAACUGUGCCGUGAAGUACCGCAGUGGCUGGUGGCACAACUACUGUCACAUGGCUAACCCGAACGGCCUCAACUUGAACGGCGCGCACGACAGCUACGCCGACGGCAUUGAGUGGAGCUCCCGGAAUGGUUCAAUGUUCCUGUACUACUACUCUUAUCCCAGUGUGACGAUGAUGAUACGUCCCCUGAAAAUGAAUACAAACCGCAAAAGCAGAUGCGCACAUGGAUAAGGAAAUAAUACCUCUGGCAAUAUUGUGUAUCUUGUCGUUUAUGCAGCGUAUUGCUUUCCGAUCUUCUUUUGUGUCUCACAUGCCAGUAUUUAUGCGCUUGCUCUGCAGUAUUUUUUAAGUAUACGAAAUCGCUUUGCUUAUCAUUAUGCAAUGCCGUUACGCUCCAAGAAACUUUACAAAUGUGGACAACUCUAGAAGCAUAAUUUGCGUAAUGGGCCGAUUGGGAUCCUCAUACAAUGCACGCUCUAUAGCAGUGACCAUAUAUAUACGUUGUAUCUAAUUAGAAAAUAAAGCC